AUGCUUCGUUUAUAUUGCAAAUAUCGUCCACCUAAUUUAAAGUGGCCAGAAUGCUUAAAGAACAACCAAAUACGUCAAAAUCAUUUCGAUUCUAAAGCUUAUCAAGCAUGUCAUAUAUCAUUUGCGAGAUUUGUUUUAUAUGGACUUGUUGGAUCUGUUGCUUCAAUUUAUUCAAUUCAAAACUACAAUGAUUUACAAACUUUAAGAAGUUUUUUUAAUACUGAGCUGCCACCAGUAAGAGAUGAUAUUUUUAAGGAAAGAAGAGAAAUCGAACGAAUUAGUGGGAUCAUGCAACCAAUGUCCGAUAAUCCUAACUAUUACCUUAUUAUUGGUCCUCAUGAAGUUUUAAAAAAGGCAGAAUAUAUGUCGAAGAAUCAGAAAACAUUGAAAGAUUUGGCAAAAACGAUUAAUUAUCCCAAAUUUGAUGUUAAUCUUAUCGAAUGCCUGUCAUAUCAAUUAACUGGAACUUCUCACUCGUAUAAAUUCUAUUGGCAGAAUGUUUUAUCGAGAUUCGAAGAAUUUGCUUCGAAGGUGGCAAAGAAAUAUUCCAUUCAUCCAAUACUUAUAAUUGAUGAUAUCGCUGAAAUCUCGGAAAGAGAUGUCGAAGAACUCCAAAAUAUUGCUAAAACUGCAGCAGAUCACCGUCUCUACACCGUGGUAUUCAUAGCAAGCGAUGCAAAUUUAAUCAAAAAUUUCAUGAAAAAUUCUUCCUAUUCGCGUUGCGCAACUUUGUACAUUGGUGAUUUCAGUAAAGAUGAAGCUUUAGCUUAUUUAACUAAUAAUUGCAAGAUGGACACUCAAAUGGCAAAGAGGAUAUUUGACCUAUGUGGGGGUCGAAUUUCUCACAUUGUCUCUGUAGUUUCUGUAAUAGAUAAACUUAUAAAUAAACGUAAGAUAUUAGGAAAACGCGUUGAUUAUAAUGAUGACGAAUUUCGUGAAGAAGUUAUUAAAAAGAUUGAUGAACGGAUUAGCAUGAUCAAAGAUGUUUAUCGGAUAGCAUGGGAUGCUUAUAUUCCCGAAAAAUCGAAACCAACAAUUCUCGAAUUCAUAUGCAAUAACCUGGAUGCAAACUUUACCAGGGGAGAUAUCAUUAGGCUAUUUGAAGAUGAGGAGAAAGGUGAAUAUAUAUUUUCUACAUUAUUGAGAAAUAAUAUAAUCACUUACAAUGUUGGAGCCAUUGAAUUCGGUGCCCCAAUUAUAAAAGCAAUGUUUACUGAACUUUGUGAGAAGAGGACCAGGAAGUUACUUUCGUUUAAUAUUUGA